CAUUUUCCUCCAGGUCUGGGCUCUACUCCUCGCAUCUCUAUCGACAGCUACCAGAGCGGAGGGAUCCACAUGGUGUGUGAAUCUGCUGGAUGGUACCCAGAGCCCCAGGUGCAAUGGAGAGACCUCAGCGGGCAGCACUUACCAUCCCUGACAGAAAAAAUAACUCAACAUGAUAACGGCCUGUAUGCAGCACAAAUUUCCAUUAUUGUAACAAAAACUUCCAGCCAGGAUCUGUCCUGCUCUGUCAGGAACCCCCACCUCAACUCAGGGAAAGAGUCUAUGGUCUACAUUGCAGAUCCAUUCUUCCUGAGGGGCUACCCCUUUAAGGUGGCUAUGUACAUAUUCCUGGUUGUUGUGGGUUUGCUCACUUUCACAGCAAGCUACUUCUUCCGGAAACAACACAAGGCAAAAGCGGCGCAUGUUGCAGAGAGAGGGAAACUCGUUGCUGACCUUGAAAACCUCCAGGAUAAGCUUGGAACGCUCGAGGCUGAGCUUAGAUGGAGAAAAACUCAAGUAUAUGGAGAAGUGAAGAUAACUCUGGAUCCAGACACAGCUCAUCCUGGGCUCAAGCUGUCUGAGGACCAGAAGACUGUGACAUGGGAAUCCAAACAUCAGGAUCUGCCUGACAAUCCCGAGAGAUUUGAUGAAGUUUUCUGUGUGCUGGGUUCUGAGGGAUUCACUUCAGGGAAAAUUUACUGGGAAGUGGAGGAGAUGGGGAGAAUCUGGGCCAUAGGGGUCGCCAGAGAGUCUGUGAGGAGGAAGGGACAAAUCAAAUUUACCCCCGAGGAGGGGAUCUGGGGGAUAGAACAGUCCAGGGGUCACUACUCAGAUCUCACCACCCCUCAGGACCCCCUGCCACUGCGUCAGACACCCAAGAAGGUACGGAUCUAUGUACACUAUAAAAAGGGGCAAGUGGCAUUUUUCAACCCAGAUAAUGGUGAUCUGAUCGCCAAUCUCACAGCUUCUUUCAAUGGGGAGAAAAUAUUCCCCUUUUUCUGGGUCUGUUCCCACCUCACACUAACCAGCUGAGACACUUGGAGAUCAGAUGGGUGGGGGGGUGGGGGGGUGUAACUUGUUCCAUUGGAGCCACAGCUCUGUCUCCAGCAUUCGCUGUGGCACUGGGGCUCUCCACUGGCCCCACAGCCACAGAAAGCAGGGAACAGCCCAUGUCUCUGCUGCUUCUCUCUAUCUCUGUGGGGCCUGCAGAGGCCCCAGGCCCAGGAAGUGAGCAAUAAUCAUGCUGGCUGUGUGGGGCAGGGAUGGUGCUAAGUAGUGGGAACUGGAGAGAGGAAAUUGGGGAGAAGGUGGGGAAUUAUUCUUAACUCUGACCCGUGCUACAAACCAUAUGCUACAAACAUACCAACAAGCUCUUUCAGUACAGAUGCAGAACCACAACAUUCUCAGCUCUGUCAUUGGCAGAGCCUCCCCGUCAGAGUCACCAACGUGCUUAGGGUGGGGUCUGGUGAUUCCUCACCUUCUCCCUCCCCUUUACUGCUGGGAUCCAGUGAUUGCUUAUCAUACUGCAGGGACUUGAUCCCAGUCCUAAAAGAUGCUCUGUCUCGAAAAGAUGCAGAGAGGGAACCAGAUGACAUUACUGCCUCCAUGGCCAUGUCCCACGUUAAUGCAUGCUGUAGUCAAACCAGCAAAGUUGCCAUUUGCACUGCAACCACUGAAGGGCAGAGUUUCUGCAUGCUGACUUUACACUGUUAUGCUGGAAGGUGUUAGUGACUGCCAUCGAUCACAGAUGAGGGUAAUGUCCAUGGGUGUGCUAAAUACACGUAUUUUUUAAUGGAAGGCGUAAUUAACCCCCUUUGUGGAGUAAGAUAGCUGGAAACCAUAGGAGACUGGUAACUGCCGAUAGUAAGGGGUUUAAACAUAAAUUUAAAGUUUAUGGUGGUUUCAAGGAUUCAAGGCAGGUACUCAUGAGACAAAGGAGUUUUGGUUUCUAGCGCUACUUUUCAUAGAAUCAUAGUGGAAGGGACCUCGAGAGGUCAUCUAGUCCAGUGCCCUGCACUCAAGGCAGGGCUAAGUAUUAUCUAGACUAUCCCUGACAAGUGUUUGUCCAACCUGCUCUUAAAA